AAGUUCCAUUUAGGUUAUCUUCUUCACUAUACACUCAUGAUGUUCUCUUCCCAAUCGCCGCCUCUGAUCUCUCUUCCUCACUUCCUCACUUCCUCACUUCCUCAGAUUAGCCUUUGUUUUGUUAUAUUGAUUUGGCUGUUAUGUCCAACGAUCUCUUGCCUCAGCCUUGUAUGCAAAUGGGUCAAUUUAUUAAUGUUGAUACUACUCCAGACUUGAUUUCUAAUCAGGAAAUGAGAUUGUCACAACCCAUCUGUAGUCAGAUCUCUGGGAGGCAGGAUUUUCAUGUAAUGGUACCUAGUGCUGUUCGUUUAGGAUCAGUUAAUAUGGAUACAACUCUGUUACCCGGCAAGCGGAAAUCUCCGUUGCAGCAAUCUGUGCAAAAUAAACGGAUGGUACUACCUAUGGAACAUAGACCAUGGGCGUCUGCUCCAAUGCCGGUGCAGUUAACUUCUGUUUCCCCCAGGACACAGUAUUUGCCUGUAUCAUUUGUUAGUAGGAAUAGUUCUGUUUCUUGUAAUAAACCCGGGAAGCAAACUGCGGCGAGAAAACAGACUUCGCAGAAACCGAUGUUGCUGAAAUCUCAGAGUGAGUCAGCUGGAUCUGUUAGGUUUAAAAUGAGAGAAUCUUUAGCUGGUGCAUUGGCAAUGGUACAGUGUCAUAUGGAAGUUCCUAAAGAGUCGAAAAGUUUAGAUAGUGAGACUGUAGCUAAUCUUCUCGAAGGUCAUGUUAGUGAGCCAGUGUCAGCUCUUUCUGGAGUUGAUGUGAUGGUAUCUAAUGGGAGCACAGAGAUUCUGACCCUCAGUGAUCCUAGUACUUUAGUAGGUGUCUCUGUUCAGACUGUGUUACCGGAGAUUUUGACUAUCACCAAGACAAGUGAUGCCCAAGAAAUUGUUGCACAAGAACCUGAGGCUUUAAAACCAUUUGUGCAAGACAAUGUUUCAUAUAGUGACAAUGUGUUUUCAAAAGAUGAUCUUUUGCAAGGGAAUGACCUCUCUUGGGCUCUUGAGUCGGAUAUUGAUUUUACUGUCAAUUGUCAAAAUGAUAUGAUUGGAGCAAUGGCUAAUGAUGGGAGCCAGGAGAAAUUGUUACUGGAUCCACAAGUUUUGGCAUUCGAAAUAGAGGCAGAACUGUUUAAGUUAUUUGGUGGUGUGAAUAAGAAAUAUAAAGAGAAAGGAAGGUCUCUCUUGUUCAAUUUGAAAGACAAAAGUAAUCCUAAACUCAGGGAAAAGGUUAUGUAUGGAGAAAUUGCAGCAGAGCGAUUGUGUUCCAUGUCAGCAGAAGAACUUGCUUCAAAGGAACUAGCCGAGUGGCGACAAGCAAAAGCAGAAGAGAUGGCUCAGAUGGUUGUUCUGCAGGACACAGAGGUGGAUAUCAGAAGCCUGGUAAGGAAAACACACAAAGGAGAGUUCCAAGUGGAAGUUGAACCUAUGGAUAGUGGCUCAGUAGAGGUCUCUGUUGGAAUGAGUUCACUCAAUUGGUCUCGGCCAAAGAAUAUUAAGAAGAAAACCCCUUCCAUCACUAAAGCACAUGGAAUCAAGAAUGAAUUGAACGGCUCCAAUGAGGGCACUGGGCCAAUAAACGGAGUCACAAUAGAUGAUGAGAUGCAGACUGCCACUGGAUCUCUUCCUACAAUUGUCUCUCUUGAUGAAUUCAUGUCAUCCAUAGAUUCUGAAUCUCCGUCUGUGUCAGAUAAUAAUGAUGUAGAGGCGCAUUUAGUUUGUAUAUCACCCAAAGAAAAUGCUAAUAUUGAUCUUGGUACAUCACCAGUUAAGGCUGAGGCAUUUUCACCACUUAAGGCUGAGGAUGGUGACACAGUAUCGUUAAAGCCUGAUUCUGAUUUGAAAUCUGAAAUUAUAUCUGGUUUCAUACCUGAUGGUGAACGUGUAUGGGAAGGUGCGCUCCAGCUGAGUGCUUCUACUGUGAGCUCUGUCAUCGGCAUUCUAAGAAGUGGCGAAAAGACUACUACUAAAGAGUGGCCUAUGUUGCUUGAGAUCAAGGGUAGAGUCAGAUUAGAUGCAUUUGAGAAGUUUGUUCGAGAGCUCCCAAAUUCCAGGAGCCGUGCUGUUAUGGUUAUGACUUUCGUCUCUAGAGAAGAGUGCUCAAAGACAGACCAAGAGAUCAUUUCCGAGGAAAUUUACCGUGGGCCUACAAGGGAUGAUUCCAUAUUCAAAAGAUGGCAUUCCGUCUCCAUUCGUUCGAUAACAUUUGUGAAUGGGGAAGCAAUUGCAGAGUGUAAAAACUCUCAUGGUCCUAAGAGAGGAAAUCAGGGUUAUUUUAAGGCAUCCCUGGAUGUUAUGAUAAGUGACGUAUAUUCAAACGGAUCGUUUAAAUCUCCAAGUAGAUUAUUCAGGAAUUUUGUCUAUGGUGAGGUUAGGAAAGAAUAUGAGGGUAAAGAAGAAGUUAUUGGAACCCCGAUAGACCGAGCUCUAUUUAAAUGGGCUAUAGAGCUACAAGCGAAGAUGAAUAUCACUUAUAACAAGUCUGACUCUAUCACGUUAAAAGGUCCAUGUGAUAAAUGCCUUCCGUGUAAGAAAGGGGUUAAAUCAGUGCCGAAAGUUGAAGCCAAAGGCACUGCAGUGGAGGGUAAAAUUCCCUCUCUAAAUGGGGUACGCAUCCAUUGGAAAGGCAAACCUGAAUUCAUUCUAGAAAAAUGUCUUCUCGAUGGUGCUGGAAAGGAAAGAAUACUUGAAGCUAUCAAGAAAAUGGCUGCAAAAAAUUUAAUCUGUAUUGCUAUUUGCACUAAUUCGGAGAUGAAUCAGUUUGUUCCAGAUGAAGAUAAUCGCAAACAGUGGGAAUUAACAUGUGAUCGUCUUGAUUUGUUGGCUGUAUUUGGUAUUCAGAGUCCACGUAUCUUACCUAAAGAUGCUCUUGAAAAGCAGGCUCCCUUGGAUUUCGACGAAGGAGAUGAUGAUCCCAGUUUGGAUUAUUUGGUUGAUUUGGUUGAUAGCACAAUAUGUCCAUCAAUUUCAAGCUUCGAAGGGAAUAUGGAGGGGACGCCACAGGUUGAGGAUGAGCUUUUUGAUCUGGAUUGGUCUUCCUAUCCGCCUACACUAGUUAAGUCUACUUGGCAAUAUGAUUAUGAAAUAGCCCUUUUUGCUAGGAUUGGACUCCACUGCCACAAUUUUCAGAAGGGAACAAACUAUAAGUUUAAACGCUUGGAAAAGUGUGGUACUCACUCGACUAGAUACGAGGACUACUACAUAACUUUCGAGGCAACGGAUCCGACCAGCGGCUCGGUCUUCUCUUUUCAGACCAUGUUAGGCAAUGAUUAUCAGUAUCUUACUUGGGGUAUCGGUCUUACGUUGGCGAGCUUAGCCGCCAGAAUCAAAGCAACACAUGGUACCGAGAGUGUGGAUGAAGUUUGGGACAUGGCUGCAAUAGAUGAUUCCUACAAAGGUCCGAUGCCCAAAUGGUUUUCUGAUGAGGCCUUGGUCCGUGACGAUAAAAAGUUUUACGUGGUGCAAGAAUCAGAGCUGCAUGAGAAUGACUGGCUGCAACUGCUCAUGGAAGUCGCCUUCUACUCCAAAACAGAGAGUGGUGUAAGCGCUUGCAAACCCUUGGAGAUCAAGAAGGUUGUUGUAGAAACUUUAGAAGAAUACACAACAGAGGCUCGUGAGAAGCUCAAGGCAGAUAAUGCAAUCUUCUACAUAAGUUACAAGUGUAUUGCUGAUCCUUCAACACCCUGGGCUGGUGAGCACGACGCUAUAAUAAGGAAAACCAUGGAUGGGAAACCAGGGCACAUGAGCCUUGAAGUUGCUGUCACUAAGGAACAAAUAGAAGACAGAGAGACAUGAGGAUCUUGUCUGCUAUAUAAUCUAUCAGCUGCUAUCUAUUGGAAACUUUUUAUCAUGUUAGUGUUUAUUAUCUAUGCACGGAUGUUGUGUGUCUUUGCUUGUGUUUAUGUCUUCGACUCUUUGGACUAGAACGGAGUGGGGUCUAUGUUU